AUGGAGUGCUACGACUGUCGAGUGACGUCAUCCAAGUCGAAACUGUACAACAUGCAGAAGCCUGGCGAGACGGGAGUCUUCUGUGACAACAUGAACAUCUCCAACAUACAGGUGACCAGAGACGGAAGGUACAUGAAUGUUGGGGAGAACAUGUACUCAAAUAGGCAAGGUUUGUGGGGAAACUUCCUGUUCAACUCCACCAGAGAUCCGUGCAUUCCUGUGGAAACGUACUCCAACCUUCAAGUAAUAACAGAUAACUUGAUGUAUAAUUUUUGGCAUCUUAUGGGCAGCUGGUCGCGAGUGGGGCCCAGUACGUACGACAGCCUGCACAACCACGGCGACCAGUACAACAGGUGGGCUGCCGGCAACUUUCUACCCCAACCUGUUAAGUCCCUUUACGACCACCGCAAUGUCGACCCCAAAGGGCUCUGGUCCCCUGAAGGCCUGAAGGAAAAACUGCCUUACUAAUUUUUAAUUGAUUUAUGAGUUAAUUAAUUAAUAUUAAUAUAUAUUUAUACAAUGCUCUUAAUUAAUUAAUUUUUAAAUGAAAAUAUAUUAAUGACUAAUUAAUAUUUUAGUUAUGUAAUAAGUAAAUUGGUGGCCGGUGAUAGAAAUGAUGUUAGUUAUGCUAUAGGUAAGAAGAUUAAUAUUUUCCAUUAGUGCUAGAUUGAUGUGUAAGUUAAAUAUAUCUCAUGUUAUAUGCGAAAUUUCACACAAAUUAAUUGAAAAAUUAAAUAAAUACUUUGCAACUUUGGAAAAGUUAAAUGAUAUUUAGUGAUUAGACAUUUUUAUUUUAUUUUUGUUUUUAAUAUUUUAGCACCAUAGUUUAAACAGUUUGAUGUUUAUCGAAACUUGAACCGUCUUUUUGCUUUUAAGCUUCUUUUUUGCCGUUACAUUAAUUGUUUCAAAAGUUUUCUUUUACAAUUUUUAAAUUGCAAAAUAUUUUCACUUUUUUACAUUUUUCCAGAUUUCAUAUAUUUAUAUAUUCUUUUUAUUUGAUAAAAAGUUGCUUGUUUUAAGAC